AAAAAAAUAAAAAAAAUGGAAAGAAAAUAUCGUGAACCAAGAGGCCUUCGUUGCGCGGUAUGUUCUGGAUUGCUGAAAGACGCCUCUCGGAUGACCGGCGCGACGAUUUCUCUGCCGACGUCAGUGUCGAACAUCGCCGGAGUUGAAACUACCAGUACGAGCUAUUCGGCGUCCUUGGCCAACUCCUUCCGACUCACCGCCGUUCUCGAGCGACUAGCUAUGCACGUUCGCUCUGGUCACCGAAUCCUCGACGGCCAGCGGAGCACCGAGGAGUUUCACAAUCUCUGCCUCUCACUCGCCAGGGGUAUUGAUUAUUCACUUGCAAAUGCUGAGGUUCCAGCUAGGGUUCAAGAUUUACCUUUACUAUUAAAACAGAUAUGUCAACGUAGAAAUGAUUUGUUUCUACUUGGGGGUAUAAUGGUGCUAAUGGUCUCUGUAAAGAAUGCUUGUAAGGUUGGAUGGUUUACAGAAAAGGAUACUGAAGAGCUUCUGACUCUUGUAAAUGAGAUAGGUAGCAACUUCUGCAAUCUGGGAGAUAAUAAUACUGAACCAAUUUCCUUCCACCCCACUAUUUCAAAAAUUAUGACCAGAUUCUAUCCACGAAUGAAAAUGCGCCAGAUACUUGCUUCUCGUGAAGUGAAGCCUGGCUAUGGAACAUUUUUGGUCGAUUUUCAUAUCUCAAAGAGUACAAAAUUUUCUUCCCAAGAAAAAAUAAGAUUAUUUGUUGCUCAAACAGAUAAUAUAGAGACUUCUUCAUGUAUUAUUACUCCUCCUCAAGUGAACUUUCUGUUAAAUGGAAAGGGAGUAGAGAGAAGGACAAAUGUUUUCAUGGACAGUGGACCACAGAUUCCAACAAAUGUAACUCCAAUGCUAAAGUAUGGAACGAAUCUUCUUCAAGCUGUGGGCCAGUUCAAUGGUCAUUAUAUCUUAGCCAUUGCCUUUAUGGCUGUGAUAUCAUCCCCUGACAAUCCAGUGUUGCAAGAUUAUGUUCAGCCUGCUGUUGCUAUGCUGCAUUCAGAUAAUGAGAUAGUUGAGGGACCAUCACGAAUAUCACUGAAUUGCCCCAUAAGCCGUACUCGUAUUAAAGUUCCUGUCAAAGGACAUUCAUGUAAACAUCUGCAGUGUUUUGAUUUUGGAAACUUUGUGGAAAUAAAUUCAAGAAGACCAUCAUGGCGGUGCCCACACUGUAACCAGUAUGUCUGCUACACUGACAUUCGUAUUGAUCAAAAUAUGGUCAAGGUCCUGAAAGAGGUGGGAGAGAAUGUUGCUGAUGUGAUUAUCUCUGCAGAUGGAUCAUGGAAGGCCAUCUUGGAAAGCAAUGACCAUGUAGACCAACCAUGUGUUAGAACCCUCAAUUCCCAACAAAAAGGGCCUGACUUGCAAGGAUCUACCAGCUUCUCAAAUGCCUCUCCUAAUGUUUGGGAUCUUACUGAGGGGGAUGAUGAGAUGAAUGCUUUUGAUGCUUGUGAAAUCGAAGAUAGGAAACCCUUCCAGUCUAAUAUUCAAGGUCAUUCCAUUACUACAAAGCAGACUAUGGCACCAGAAUUGAACAAUGCAACUGAAGUUAAUCAAAAUGCUGUUUCUCGAGUACAGGAUGGCUUUUGUUCUGGAAUUCUUUUGUCAACUUAUGGGUCUUCAACCCAUAGUGCCCGGUCAGAUGCCCAAUUUAUUGGUGGCACUUCUCAGCCCUCUCCUACCAAUUUUUUGCUGCCUCCAGUGUUAACUGAUGCUAUUUCUCCUGCACUUAAUCGAGGAACUGAGGAUAUUCGUGGGAAUACUCAUCUGACAACCUCUACUCUGCAUGAUCAGUUGCCUAUUCCCGAUAGUUUGCAGUUACAGCAGGCACAAUUUGGGCAUUCAAUUGUCAGCAAUGAAUAUGGAAGGUUUCCAACAAUUCCCAGACAUAUAACCAGAACUCCAAUAGCGGUUCAAGCCCUUCCAGCUCAGACCCAAACAUCCGGUCCACAUCAUAGAUCAAGAACAACUUUGAUUUCGAUGGUACCCAAUGGACCCAAUACUGUUGGUAGUGACAUGGAAAGGCCACAGCAGUUCUCGAGAUCAAUUUUCAACCCAGUUCAGAUAUCAGACAUCAGUGCAUCUGCAUUACAGCAUCACUCAAUGUCACAGAACUGGAACCAACAGGUUGCUGGCCAUCCAACUACAAGUCAACGUCCUGGUCCAGGUGCUUACAGAACUUCAACUGGGCUUCCAACCGAACCCCAGACUUUACAACAACAACAAUCUCCUCAGGCCAGGACACAUUCAAACCUAAUGAGAUCAUCUGCUCAUCAUCACUCACGGUCCCAAGUUCAGCAAGGAGGUGCCCAAGGUCGUGCUACCCAUGCAGUUGGCACUGGAAUCAGCCAAAAUGCUCAGCCUAUGGUUGCAGCUCAGCGAGCUGCCCAGAUGACCCGAAUGCCAUUGCCUGUUCAAAAUCAAACAUCCAGAACAGGCUCUGCUUUUCCUGUAAAUGCCAAUGGGGGUAGGUCACCAGCAGGGGAGCAGAGAGGUAACAUAGAAGGAAUGGUGCAAGCAGUCUCAAGACCUGAAAGCUUGGUGGAUUUGGCAUCAGAGCAGAACUGGCGCCCUACAGGGCUAAUGCGUGGAAGCCUUGUUGGCCGGGCUUACAAUUCUGCUCUUAACCAGCUAGUGAUUCAGCCUACACAACCGACUCAAUCUACAAGACCACCCACGCCUAUCACUUCUCCUCCACCUGGUUUUCCACCCCACUUGCAAGCACUCCUCACCAAUAUCAGGACUCCCCUUGUUCCUCAAGCGCCUAAUUAUCCAAUGACCCAACCGGCUAGUACAACUGGAGGCUCGGGUAUUCUUCCUGAGAGGUCUCUGGGGUUGCAUUGACAUAGACUUGUGGUCAUGUGGAUGGAUGGGGGGUUCAUUUGGUAAGGCUGUAUAUAUUAUGGCCAAUUUUGUACCCAACGGUCGCCUGUAAAGCUGUCACCUUGGAGCCAGUGAUAUAUUUUGGGUUUGGUUCCUUUACACGUACGUUUAGCUAUGGUUGUAGAGGUAGUUCGUAUACGGAUUUCUUUUUAACUUGUGAGUUGGCCGUUUAGAGGAUUUUCUGUAGGCGGUCGAUACUUGGAUGACACAGCAGGAGUAUAGUAAUUUUGCAGAUAGCAUGAAAAUCUUGUUUAAGCCUCUAGUUUUUCAGGGGUAUGAUGUUUGACAUAGGAAUGGGAUGGAUUUAUAUAGAUGGAGCUUUGGUUUGUGAUUCGUAAAAGUUACAUGAAUACUUAAAAGAGUGCUUUUUAGCAUCAUUUCUGAAUGUUUAGCACAGAGCGUGGUAUGAGUUGUAUGACCAUGAGUAUUUAUUUGCCUAUUGCGGAUGUUUUCCUCAUCAUUAAUUUAUACGCAAAUUGGAUUA